UCUAUCUCCAAGCCAUGGACAAAUUCAACUUCAUCAGAGAUGGAGCAAGCAAGCUUCCUCCCGGCUUCCGCUUCCAGCCCACCGAUCAAGAGAUCGUCUUCCAGUACUUGGCCCGUAAGAUCUUCUCCUCUCCUCUCCCCGCCUCCGUCAUCCCAGAACUCGACGUCUUCGCCUUCCAUCCCUCCAACCUACCAGGUGAUUCGGAGAGGGAUAGGUAUUUCUUUGCGAGAAGGGAGCUUGAUCUUCGAAGCAGUGGUGGUAGAGGCUGCGGUGGUUUUUGGAAGGUGGCGGGUUUGGAUAAACGGAUCGUGUGCUCGAAAAGGACUCCUAUAAUUGGGAUUAGGAGGACCCUAGUGUUCUACCAGGGGAAGCAUCCGCGAGCCGUCCGUACGGAUUGGUUCGUGCAUGUGUACUGCAUUGUCUUGUCCGAAAACAUCAGAUGUAAUAUCCACCACAAGAGACUGUCUCAGGGUGCUCAGAAACAAAUAGGGAAAUGGGUUUUGUGCCAUGUUUUCAUGAAGAGGAGUAGUAUGAAAGAUAAUGGUUUGCAGCAGAGAUGUGACCAUUUUGAGAUGAGUGAUGCGGAUUCAUGCUCGUCCUCUUCCUCGUCGUCCUCCUCAGAUUUGAGUGUUCUCAGUGAGGUCUCAUCAACUACUGUUGACAGUGAAACCACCCCUUGAUGUUUAAUGAUCUCAUUAGAAUUUAUUUAUAUUCAUUGUAUGCAUCAAAAAUUAAUAAAUAGCUUUGCUCAACAUAGCUCCUUGUGUUUAUGCUUCAGUGAGACGAACAAAUUAAGUCAACUUGUACACGACCUAAUUGCUUAAAAAGUUGGUACAUUUUGUGAA